AUGGCUGGAAAAAAGGAGGGGCAGCCCUCACGAAAACGAAGGAUAGGUGUCAUGACCAGCGGAGGUGACUCCCCUGGCAUGAACGGGGCAGUACGAGCCGUCGUCCGCAUGUCCAUCUACAGGGGCUGCGAGGCCUACGCCAUCUAUGAAGGCUACGAGGGCCUGGUACAAGGUGGAGAUCUGAUUAAAGAGAUGAAGUGGGAAGAUGUCCGAGGAUACUUGUCUCGCGGCGGGACGCUCAUUGGCACAGCCAGGUGCAUGGCUUUCAUGGAAAGAUGGGGAAGAUUGAAAGCCGCAAGAAACAUGGUCAAGAGGGGCAUCGAUGCUCUGGUCAUCUGCGGUGGUGAUGGCAGCUUGACUGGUGCAGACAAAUUCCGAGCUGAAUGGCCGGGCUUGAUCAAAGAGCUUGUCGAGACCAAAGAGCUGACGCCGGAAGAAGUCGAACCUUUCAAGCACCUCAAUAUCGUCGGCCUUGUGGGCUCCAUUGACAAUGACAUGUCUGGAACCGACGCCACUAUCGGAUGUUACUCUUCUCUCGAACGCAUUUGCUCCGCUGUGGACGAUGUCUUUGAUACUGCUUCUUCCCAUCAACGAGGCUUCGUCAUCGAAGUGAUGGGUAGGCACUGUGGUUGGUUAGCCCUCAUGGCGGCGAUAGCCACCGGUGCCGACUAUGUCUUCAUCCCAGAAAAGCCCCCUAGCACUGGUUGGGAGGACGAGAUGUGCGGUAUCAUCGCCAACCAUAGAUCUCGGGGCAAGAGGAGGUCGAUUGUCAUCAUCGCCGAAGGCGCGCACGACGUCGAAUUAAAAAAGAUCACUGCAUAUCAUGUCAAGGACCUUUUGAACACCAAACUGAAAUUGGAUACUCGGGUCACUGUUCUGGGCCAUACACAGCGAGGAGGCCCGGCGUGCUUCUAUGAUCGAUGGCUGUCAACCCUGCAAGGCGUUGAGGCGGUGAACGCAAUCCUUGAUGCGACACCCGAGACCCCUACUCCGGUUAUCACCAUCCGUGAAAAUAAAAUCGAGAGAUCCAAUCUGAUGGAGGCUGUGGCUUUGACGAAAUCCGUCACCGCAGCCAUUGAAGCCAAAAACUUCGAUAGAGCUAUGGAAUUGCGGGACGUCGAAUUCAAAGAGUAUUACAGCAGCUACAGGAUCACAACGUCCACAGACCGGCCGGAGCUACUCCUACCGGAGGGGAAGAGACUUCGAAUUGCCAUCAUUCACGUUGGAGCUCCUGCAGGUGGCAUGAACCCGGCCACUCGAGCCUGCGUGGCUUAUUGCCUGACCCGAGGCCACACCCCGAUCGCCAUUCACAAUGGCUUCCCCGGGCUACAACGUCAUCACGAUGAUCAACCGAUUGGUUCGGUGCAGGAAAUUAAGUGGCUUGACGUCGACCAUUUGGUGAAUGAGGGCGGUUCGGAGAUCGGAACGAACCGCGGGCUUCCCAGUGCCGACAUGAAGAAGACCGCCGAGUGCUUCGAGCUGUACAAGUUUGAUGCCUUAUUCCUGGUAGGCGGGUUUGAAGCUUUCACCGCGGUAAGCGAGCUUCGAAAGGCUCGGGAGCAGUACCCGGCGUUUAAUAUCCCCAUGGUUGUCUUGCCAGCCACUGUCUCGAACAACGUUCCAGGAACCGAAUAUUCCCUGGGCAGUGAUACAUGCCUUAACACUUUGAUCAGCUUCUGCGACGCCAUCAGACAAUCGGCCUCUUCAUCAAGGAGGCGGGUGUUUGUCAUUGAGACACAAGGUGGUCGAUCAGGCUACCUCGCUACGAUGGCGGGUCUUUCGAUAGGCGCGCUGGCGGUCUACAUUCCUGAAGAAGGCAUCAACAUCAACAUGAUUGCCCGGGACAUUGAUUUCUUACGUGAAAAUUUCCGGAAUGACCAAGGAGCGUCCCGAGCCGGCAAGAUCAUACUCCGAAACGAGCGUGCCAGCAGUACCUACACUACUCAAGUGAUUGCUGAUAUGAUCAAGGAAGAAGCAAGAGGACGAUUUGAGUCCCGAGCGGCAGUGCCUGGUCAUUAUCAACAGGGGGGCAAGCCUUCGCCUAUGGAUCGAAUCCGGGCCCUCCGUAUGGCAAUCAAGUGUAUACAACAUAUUGAGGAUCGGUAUAUCGGCAAGUCCAAGGCCUACAUUGCAGAGGAUCCGUUGUCCGCAUCAGUAAUUGGUAUCCAAGGCUCCGAAGUUGUCUUCACUCCGAUGGGCGGAGAUGACGGGCUGGAGGCUAGCGGGACAGAUUGGGCGGACCGGAGGCCCAAGAAUGAAUUCUGGAUGGUGAUGAAGAAUACCGUGGAUGUCCUUAGUGGCAGACCGAAACUGACCGAUGGUUGCCCGGAGUGCGGGAAGCCGCUUUCCGGAGAUCUGCAGAGAGCCGUGGUCACCAACUAG